AUGUUGACCACAAAAACCGAAAACAAAACAAUAGACUUUGUCGGUAAAACAGAAAACUUUCACACUGUCAAAUUUGUCAGUCCUUCGUCGAGUCCUAGGAGCAGUCCCCGGCCCAGUCCGCAGCCCGAACCCCGUCAGGAACAUUCCAGGCCUGAUAGUUACAACUUGAGCCCUAAUGAUUUCAAGCACGAAGGGUCUCCUUCCAGUCAGGAAAGCUCCAUUAGCCGCUUGAGUACUGGCAGUAGUCAAGAGCCUUCGCCCCUUAGCGAUUUGACCAAAACAGAUAAGAAAGAUAGUGGCCGCAUCAAAAAAAAAUCCUCCUGGUUCAACUCCUUGUACCCAACCUAUAAAAGCCGCUCAGAAGAUUUCAAAAAACUUUUCAUCGACGUACCAGGUGAAGAAAGAUUAGUAGUCGAUUAUUCUUGCGCUCUGCAAAAGGAAAUUCUGGUGCAAGGCCGUUUGUACAUCACCCAAAACUAUUUAUGCUUCUAUGCUAACAUUUUCGGUUGGGAAACCAACCUUACUUUGAAAUGGAAGGAGGUAGCCGCAAUUACCAAAGAAAAAACCGCCCUAGUGAUACCCAACGCGGUUCUGAUAUGUACCAAAGGGGAAAAGUACUUUUUUACCAGCCUGGUGCAAAGAGACAAGACUUAUAUGAUGCUGUUUCGUAUAUGGCAGAACGCUUUGAUGGAUCAACCCAUGUCUCAACAGGAAAUGUGGCAAUGGGUUCAUCAAGCUUAUGGUAGUGAACUCGGACUAACCAGCGACGACGAAGAUUAUCAUUUGCACACCCGGGACGAAGAAAAAUUGUCGUCCCGUCUCUCCGUGGACUCGUUCAGCGAAGCCGAAAUACCCAUCUGUCUCGAUACCAUUAUGGACACCGACGAAAAAAUGGAAGAUAUGAAAAAUUUGAGCCAAACUUCUUCUUCACCUAAUUUGACCGUCAAUACUAGCAAAUUGCAUACAGAAAAUUCAGAUUCUGAAAGCGAUAAACCAAUCAGCAUGAAAGGUGAUCUAACCCAAGUCGAAUGCACAGAAUCGCACGAUGGCAGACUUCUAAUGGACGAAGUCUACCCCAUCCACAUCGAUCAACUUUUCACCCUUCUCUUUACGUCUUCGAAAUUCUAUUUGGAUUUCCACGCUUCAAGAAAAACCACCGAUUUGACUCAGACGCCUUGGACUCACAACCCUGUGGAUAAUAGCAAAAGUCGCGUAGUAACUUUGACUAUGUAUUUGGGGAAUACUAUGGGGCCCAAAACGUGCCAGGUUACUGAAAGAAAUUCCAUGUUGCCUUGCAGCAAAUCAGGCAGUCUUUACGCUGUCAAUGUUGAAACCGUAAAUGCAGGAGUCCCAUACGCUGACAGUUUUUACGUACAAGUCCAUUAUUGCUUGAGAAAAAUUUCAGAAACUCACAGCUCUAUGCAUGUAACUGGCCAAGUUAAAUUUAAGAAAAAUGUCUGGCCUUUGGUUAAAGGGAUGAUUGAGCGAAACGUUUUCAAUGGCUUAGAAGACUUUUUAGGCAAACUAAAAGAAGCCUUGCAUGCUGAAGGUGAAGAAAACAUUCCCGAGCAAAGAAAGAAAAGCAGAAGAAAGAGGCGCAUGCACAGUUUGCCUCGCUAUAGCGCUGAAGAUAUUCACUUGAAUGUACCAAACAGAAAAAAAAUGUCUCAAACUGGCAUAUUCACUACAGAUGUAUGCACCAUAAUAGUAUUUGUAGUACUACUAAUACUUUUAAUAUUAAAUGUUUUAUUGUACUACAAAUUAUGGUCUCUGGAAGAAUCCCCGCCAGCAAUGAAACUAAUGGACUUAACAUCCCUGAAAAACUCCCCAAAAUCUCACGACGAAUGGAUCCACUUGUUGCAGCAACAAGAAACUGUACGCUCGGUGGAGGCGCAAAAAUGGCAGAAGACUUUGAAGUUUGUGGUAGACUUGCUUCGGCAAGCCGAAGAAGCUUUGGAGGAGCUACGAAAAUCUAUACAACCUAAUUAUAUGAAUCAGGUAUUGGAUGCUAUGCAAGUAGAAAAGGGGAAACAGAAUAAAGAGGAAUUGUAG